ACCCGGAGGGAGGCGCGGCCGCCGGCCAGGUGCCCGGGCCCAGGCCGCCUCGGAGCAGCGCCCGUCCCUGCGCCCCAGGACGCGAGACCCCGACAAGGGAAUCCAGGAUGUCCAAGCCCUGAGGAGGCCUGGAGAGAGGCAGGGGCUGUCCCCCACCAGCCUGGCCCACCUGUUAUCAAGAUGCUGAGCCUGAAGCUCCCCAGGCUGUUUAGCAUCGAGCAGGUGCCCCAGGUGUUUCAUGAGCAGGGCAUUCUCUUCGGCUACCGACACCCGCAGAGUUCUGCCACUGCCUGCAUCCUCAGCCUCUUCCAAAUGAACAAUGAGACGCUCAACAUCUGGACUCACUUGCUGCCCUUCUGGUUCUUCAUGUGGAGGUUUGUGACCAUGCUGUGGAUGACAGACAUCCAGAAUGACAGCUACUCGUGGCCCGUGCUCGUGUACAUGUGCACCAGCUGCGUGUACCCGCUGGCAUCCAGCUGCGCCCACACCUUCAGCUCCAUGUCCAAGAACGCCCGGCACAUCUGCUACUUCCUAGACUACGGUGCUGUCAACCUUUUCAGCCUGGGCUCAGCCAUUGCAUACUCGGCCUACACGUUCCCAGACGGGCUGGUCCGCACCACCUUCCAUGAGUACUACGUGGCCUUGGCUGUGCUGAACACCAUCCUGAGCACCGGCCUUUCCUGCUACUCCAGGUUCCUUGAGAUCCAGAAGCCCCGGCUCUGCAAGCUACUUCGCAUCCUGGCCUUUGCAUUUCCCUAUACCUGGGACUCCCUCCCCAUCCUCUACCGGCUCUUCCUGUUCCCGGGGGAGAGUGCCCAGAAUGAAGCUGUCUUGUACCACCAGAAGCACAUGCUCAUGACUCUCCUGGCCUCUUUCUUCUAUUCUGCACACCUGCCAGAGCGCCUGGCCCCAGGUCGCUUUGACUACAUUGGGCACAGUCACCAGCUGUUUCACGUGUGUGCAAUCCUGGCCACACACAUGCAGAUGGAAGCCAUCCUGCUGGACAAGAACCUAAGGAAGGAGUGGCUCCUGGCUUCCUCCAGGCCUCUCUCCUUCCCACAGAUAGCUGGAGCUCUGCUUCUGUGUGUCAUCUUCUGCCUCAGCAACAUAAUUUAUUUCUCAGCUGCUCUGUAUCGGAAUCCCGAGCCAGAAUUACAUACAAAAGAAACAUGAUUCAGCCGUAUGCUGUCUAUGGCAUGCACCACAGUGAACUGGCAACACCCCAGCCACCAAAAACUGUGCCUUACAAUGGCAAAAAUGUGGUCCUUGUGA